GGCAAUGACAUGGAGGAAAUACCAUUUCGCAAAGUCAGGACGCGAAGGAGGAACUGCCCGUGCGCCCCGGGCUCGCCCCUCGACACCGUCAGCUGUGAGGACGAGUUUGACUGUAAGGAGCUGGAGUCCUUGUUCCAGAAUUACAACCUGAAGCUGGAGCAGACCGCCACCCUCAAGGCUCUGGGCAUCCUCAUCAUCAUGACGGCCACUCUGGCCAUCGUGGAGUUACUGUCCGGCCCGCGGCUGACCAUCUCCAAGGGCUCCCACCCGGUGCACUGCAUCAUCUUCGUGUCACUGUUCAUAGUCACCAACGUGAAGUACCUGCAGGUGACCCAGCUGCAGCAGAUCGUCAAGCUCAGCCUGUUGUUCAGCUUCACCUUCUCCUUCCUGUGCUGCCCGUUCUCGCUCGGAGCGUACGGCUGGGAGCAGCCGGCCUCCCCGGAGAGCGGCAUGUGGCAGCUGAUGCUGGUGACUUUUGUGACUCACUCCCUGCUGCCGGUGCGGACCUUGCUGGCUAUCCUGUUCGGCCUGACCGUCUCAGUGUGUCACAUUAUAGUGACCGCCACCUCCGUCACAUCCAGCAAGCCGCGACUCUGGCGCACGCUUGUGGCCAACGCUGUUCUGUUUGCCAGUGUGAAUGUGUCCGGGGUGUUUGUCAGAAUCCUCACGGAGAGAGCCCAGAGAAAAGCCUUUCUGCAGGCGAGGAACUGCAUCGAGGAGCGACUGCGUCUGGAAGAUGAAAACGAGAAGCAGGAAAGACUUUUAAUGAGCUUAUUGCCCAGAAAUGUGGCAAUGGAAAUGAAAGAAGAUUUUCUGAAGCCUCCAGAAAGGAUAUUUCACAAAAUAUACAUCCAAAGGCAUGACAAUGUCAGCAUUUUAUUUGCGGAUAUUGUGGGCUUCACCAGUUUGGCUUCACAGUGCACUGCACAGGAACUAGUCAAGCUUUUAAAUGAACUCUUUGGCAAGUUUGAUGAGCUCGCCACAGAGAACCAUUGUCGAAGGAUUAAAAUACUUGGGGAUUGCUAUUAUUGUGUAUCAGGUCUUACUCAGCCAAAAACUGACCAUGCUCAUUGCUGUGUUGAAAUGGGAUUAGAUAUGAUUGACACAAUCACGUCUGUAGCUGAAGCCACUGAAGUUGAUCUCAACAUGCGUGUGGGUCUGCAUACAGGGAGAGUACUGUGUGGGGUCUUGGGUCUCCGCAAGUGGCAAUAUGAUGUGUGGUCCAAUGAUGUUACAUUGGCAAAUGUAAUGGAAGCUGGUGGUCUCCCCGGAAAGGUUCAUAUAACAAAGACCACCUUGGAGUGCCUGAAUGGAGAUUAUGAAGUUGAAGCGGGAUAUGGGUACGAAAGAAACAGUUUCCUUAAAAAGCAUAACAUUGAAACCUUCUUCAUCGUGCCCUCUCAUCGAAGGAAAAUUUUUCCUGGGUUGAUUCUAUCAGACAUAAAACCAGCAAAAAGGAUGAAAUUUAAAACUGUCUGUUAUCUACUUGUUCAACUGAUGCACUGUCGUAAGAUGUUCAAAGCUGAAAUACCCUUUUCCAAUGUGAUGACGUGUGAGGAUGAUGACAAGAGAAGAGCCUUGAGGACAGCAUCUGAAAAAGUCAGAAACCGAUCAUCUUUCUCUGCAAAUGUUAUGCACAAUGCUCCAGGGACACGGGUGAAUCGAUACAUCAGCCGGUUAAUUGAAGCUCGGCAAACAGAGUCUGAAAUGGCAGAUUUACAUUUUGUUACCUUAAAGUACAAACAAACUGAAAGGGAACAGAAAUAUCAUCAACUUCAUGAUGAAUAUUUUACCAGUGCAGUCAUUCUCUCAUUGAUACUUGCUGCCUUAUUUGGUCUUCUGUAUCUUCUCAUAAUACCACAGAGCACGGUGGUCCUUGUCCUCUUAGUAUUCUGCAUUUGUUUCCUGGUUGCUUGUAUUAUGUAUCUCCAUGUCACUCGAGUGCAGUGUUUUCCAGGGUGCCUGACAAUACAAAUUCGAACUAUUAUCUGCGUAUUCAUAGUAAUCUUAACCUAUUCAGUGGCCCAAGGAUGUGUGGUUGGCUGCAUGCCUUGGCUAUGGACUACCAACUCUAGCAGCUCCAUUGUUAUUGUUACCCCUGAUGGACUCAAUAAAACAAUGACUGAAUUGCCUUGUGAUGCAGCCCACUAUGCUUUUCUUGCUUGUGUUGUUGGAACACUAAGUCUUGCAAUAUUCCUGCGCAUAUCUUCAUUACCAAAAAUGAUUCUACUCCUCAUUGUCACAAUUUUGUAUAUAGUAGUUUUUGAGAUUAGUGGAUACAGAAGAGCAAUGGGACGUGACUCAUUUUAUAUAAGAGGAUAUGAAUCUAUUUUGGCAAUUCUACUUUUCUCUUGUGCACUUGCACUUCACUCCAGACAAUUGGACCUGAAGUUGCGCUUAGACUACCUCUGGGCUGUGCAGGCUGAGGAAGAGAGAGACGAUAUGGAACGGGUAAAACUUGACAACAAGCGGAUUCUCUUCAACUUACUUCCAGCACAUGUUGCACAACAUUUUUUGUUAUCCAAUCCACGAAAUAUGGACCUCUACUACCAGUCAUAUUCACAAGUGGGUGUGAUGUUUGCCUCAAUUCCCAAUUUUAAUGACUUUUAUAUUGAGCUUGAUGGUAAUAACAUGGGAGUUGAAUGCUUACGCCUCUUGAAUGAAAUAAUAGCCGACUUCGAUGAGUUAAUGGACAAGGAAUGCUAUAAGGAUAUAGAGAAAAUCAAAACAAUUGGCAGCACUUACAUGGGAGCAGUUGGACUUGUACCCACAACUGGAACAAAGGCAAAACGAUCGAUUUAUUCCCACCUGAGUACCCUGGCAGAUUUUGCAAUUGAAAUGUUUGAUGUUCUAGAUGAAAUCAACUAUCAAUCAUACAAUGACUUUGUCUUAAGAGUUGGUAUCAAUGUCGGACCUGUAGUGGCAGGUGUGAUUGGAGCAAGGCGGCCACAAUACGACAUCUGGGGAAACACUGUAAACGUUGCCAGCAGAAUGGAUAGUACGGGGGUUCAAGGCAAAAUUCAAGUAACAGAAGAUGUCUAUCGGAUGCUCAAUAAAAAUAAUUAUGAGCUUGUCUGUCGAGGCAAAGUCAGUGUUAAAGGAAAAGGAGAAAUGCUGACAUAUUUCCUUGAAGGAAAAGUUAAUGCAAAUCCACAAAUAAGUUCAACAAAUUUAGUAAGAAAAUUAUAUCCAGAUGGAAGAGCGAAACUGGCAGCAAGCUGUCCCUCAGUGUCAUCAGUAGCCAGCUUCACAAUAAAGGCUGGACUUGGAGCACUUCAGGCAUCUACAAUGCAAACAAAUCAAUCUGUACACUAUCUUCCACCCAUACCAGUUGUUGAGCAAGCAUAAGGAAUUUUGGCAUUAAAAAAAUUAAAGCUUAACUUUGAGCUGUUACUUGGGUGGAAAUCAGUUAAUGAUGACAGGAUGCACUGAUCUC